GUUGCAUUCCGGUUGCGGCUACCUAGAGAGAGUGUGUGUGUGUGUGUGAGUGGCGAGGAGGAAGAAAUGGAGGCGGCGGGAGAGGGGAGGAAGCUCCAUCACCACGCGGGCGGCGGCAGGGCGCAGAUGGAGCCGAGCCCGGAGCGUGGCAGGCCGGCGUACGUGUCGGCCGCGACGGCGAGGUCCGCUCCGGCGAGGCCCAUGCGGCGGGUGCAGAUCAUCUACUACCUCUGCCGGAACGGCCAGCUCGAGCACCCCCACUUCAUGGAGCUCGCGCAGCACCCCCACCAGCCACUUCGCCUCAAAGAUGUGAUGGACAAGCUGACGCUGCUGAGGGGGAAAGGCAUGCCCGCUCUCUUCUCCUGGUCAUGCAAGAGGAACUACAAGAACGGCUACGUGUGGAACGACCUCUCGGAGGGCGACGUGAUUUACCCGUCCGACGGCGUCGAGUACGUCCUCAAGGGCUCCGAGAUCUUCCCCGGCUGUUCCUCCGCUGUUGGAGCGGACCGGUUCCAGCACCUCCGGGUGACCGACAGGUCGCCGACCAAGCCGCCGCUGGCCCUCCCGCACAGCCACAAGCAGUACGUGGACGGCUACCGGGACGACGCCGGCGAGGACCCCGAGGACGACGAGCUCGGGUACCCGUACCACCGGCGAGCGGGCGGGGCUCGGCUGGCCGGGCCGAACAAGGCCGUCUCGGCACGCACCAACCGUGGCCACCCCGUGGAGCUGCCAGUCGAGGAGACCUCGCCGCCGUCGUCGACGUCGUCCGACAAGCCGCCGCCGGCGCAGCAGGCGAGCCGCUGCGACGAGGCCGAGCCUAACAGGGCCGGGUCGAUGCUCCUGCAGCUCAUCGCGUGCGGGGCGGUCACCGCCGGCCCGGCCAAGUGCGGCGGGCGGGCCGAGCCGAGGCGGAGCUGCGGCCUGGUGAGCCGGCUGUCGUCCCGCGCCGGCGCGGAGGAUGACGAGGACGAGGAGGAGGAGGGGGAGGAGGAGGCGGGCGGCGAGCUGGGCCGGCGGUUCGGGCGCGUGGGUGUGCAGGAGAAGGAGUACUUCAGCGGCAGCAUCAUCGUGGAUAGCGGAGGCAGGGGCACCCCGCUGCCUGCCUCCUCGCUCAAACGCUCCAACUCGUACACCGGGGAGAGGGGCUCGAGGCUUGGCGUGGGGGGUAUCGGCGAGGAGGCAGCGGACGAGCGGAUUGGAGGGGAGGAGGGGAUGAUGAGGGGAAGGUGCAUCCCGGGCAGGAAGAGGCAGCCGCAGCAGCAGAAGUAGGCGCGCGUCGGCUUAGCUACCCAGAUUAAUCUGCUUGAGACAGACUGUACUGGUGUUUCUAUAGUACGCAGGAGUGUUUAGCAUCUCUACCUGUGUGUUGUGGACCAUGGGUUAGCAGGGAGAGCUAGGCUUAGCUAGAACAUAUCGAUUAGCAUCUACUGGUUCGAUCUUGGACAAGUCAGCACGCAUGUCGCUUAAUCUUGGAUCCUACGUGAACGGAGAGGCUCGGAUAGUAUAUCCACUUCAAUCGAUAUUAGUUAUCCCUUA